AUGAGAUGCUCGCCUCCGCGCGUUUCCGCUUCCGCCAUCGCAGACGCAGCCUCGUGCCGGGAGUCGCUGCAUUCUCGUCCGCUUCUCUGCACUAUGUCGGGUGGCCUCCUGAAGGCGCUGCGCAGCGACUCCUACGUGGAGCUGAGCCAGUACCGGGACCAGCACUUCCGGGGUGACAAUGAAGAGCAAGAAAAAUUGCUGAAGAAAAGCUGCACGUUGUAUGUUGGAAAUCUUUCUUUUUACACAACUGAAGAACAAAUCUAUGAACUCUUCAGCAAAAGUGGUGACAUAAAGAAAAUCAUUAUGGGUCUGGAUAAAAUGAAGAAAACAGCAUGUGGAUUCUGUUUUGUGGAAUAUUACUCACGCGCAGAUGCGGAAAACGCCAUGCGGUACAUAAAUGGAACGCGUCUGGAUGACCGAAUCAUCCGCACAGACUGGGACGCAGGCUUUAAGGAGGGCAGGCAGUACGGCCGUGGGCGAUCUGGGGGCCAGGUAUGCGAGAAGGGUCUCUGGGCUCAGCCACUGCCUGGGAUUCCAGUCACAAUGACAGGUGUUUUGGCAAUCUGUAUUUACUCUUUUGUAAAUAACUUUGUGUCUAUAACCUUGGCUUGAAGUGGAUCUGAAAACCACCCAACGGUUUGGGUGAAUUGUUUUUUUAAACCCUGAAAUGGUAUGUUCUGUACGUUUCUAACAAGCAACCAUUCUUGAACUUCUGCUAGGGCUAGAUAUCUUCCACCUGCAGGAACAUCUAGAAUGAAAGCAAAACGCACUGAAGUGAGUUGAAGUGCUUAUGUCCUGCUUGAAAUGUUCACAUUGUGGCAUCUGAACAGGUUUCACUGUUUGUCUGACAUGUUUGUGGGAGGCAUAUUUGUUACACCAUUCUUUUUCAUACUGUAACUCUGGAUUCUUUCCAUUAAAGGUUCGGGAUGAGUAUCGGCAGGACUACGAUGCUGGGAGAGGAGGCUAUGGAAAACUGGCACAGAACCAGUGAGUGGUGAGAGCUCCGUCAGUGACAAACACUCCUUUGGCCUGUUGAAUUUGUUGAAGAACAUCACCUAAAGUCUGCAAACGAGCCCAUUUUUACCAAGAUUUGAUCAGUGUCUUUACUGAGCUGGAAGCCUCUGAAAGUUAUUAAAGGACAGAAUCCAAAAGAAUGCCUUUAAUUCUUGUCUGAGAAUCUUGGCCAUGUGUCAGAUUAUCAGAACAAUUUUGUUACCAGGUCAGAAAUUGUGUUCUUUGACAACAGAUUGGAUCUAUAAUGUUGAUUAGUCUUUAGCCAUAACCACUACACUUUUAGAAAGACAGAAAAACUUAAAAAUUUGUUUUUACCAUAAUGAGUCUUAAGGAGGUUCAUGAUCUACAUUGGGGCCUGGGAUUUUUUUUUUAAUUUUAAGUUUGCAUGAGACAGCCUAAUAAAUGGAGGUGGGGCCAGGCAUGGUGGCUCACACGUGUAAUCCCAACACUUUGGGAGGCUGAGGAGGAAGGAUAGCUUGAGGCCAGGAGUUUGAAACUAGACUGGGCAACACAGCAAGACCCCCGUCUCUACAAAGCAAAACAAAAAACAACAAAUGGAGUUGUGCUAUGUUGUAUUGCUUUGCACAAAAUUAGGAACAGGUAUUUGACAACAGAAUUUGUUUUCUAUGAAUUCUAACCUCUAAAGGCAAGCUUAGAGGUCAAGGACCUUCCUGUAUAGUUGGUGCAAAAGCAGUCUCCACAGGACAGCACUGCUUCCAUGCUUUACACAUCAGGAAAUGAGGCCAGAACUUGAGUAUUUACUAACACGUUUUUCAAAAGAUGUCAAUGUUAUAUCUCAAGCUAAAAAAAAGCAAGGGUUUGUCAUAGAGGGAACCUCUAAAUAAUUUCAGGGGUAGGGGAGAUGUUGUCAAUAGGAAAUGGGAUAAAAUAUCAAGAGACAAUGAAAACACUGCCUUGACAUGAGGACCAGCAAAUUUAUUCUUUUCAUUUUCAGUGAUGUUGGGAAUGGACUGGGUUUAAAAAGGGAGCUUGAAGAUGGAAUGUUUAACAGUCACAGAAGGUUCCUGCAGGAGAUGCCUCUUUUAGCCAUUUCUCAUUUUUUUCCUCAAAUUUUACCUACUGAGGCUCAAGCCUUCACAGUGAGCUGAUGGUCUUUACAGGGGAGGGGAGUCUAGGGAAUUUAUUUGGUAUUUGUAAGGCAAGAGGUGAUUUUUCUCUAAUAUAUCUGAGUUAUUGCUCAUUUAAAACUGUUAAGUCCAGUAUAAUUUUCCCUGAUAUGAAAAAAAUGUGAAUUUUUUUCACUUAGCAACAAAGUACCUUCUAAUUUCCAAUAGUCCGUGAAAGUUGGGGCUGAAGUACCAUAGUGUGAAUGUCUCAUGUUAAACUGAGUGUAGAAAUCUGAAUUUUUAAAAGAGCUAUAACUAGUUGUAAGUGCUCAGGAAGAAACUUUGCAAACAUUUAAUGAGGAUACACUGUUCAUUUUUAAAAUUCCUUCACACUGUAAUUUAAUGUGUUUUAUAUUCUUUUGUAGUAAAACAUAACUCAGAUUUCUACAGGAGACAGUGGUUUUAUUUGGAUUGUCUUCUGUAAUAGGUUUCAAUAAAGCUGGAUGAACUUA